UUAACCAAUAGCCAGUACAAGUUCUGAUUAGCUGCGGAAUAAACGUUUAGUGUCUUCAAUAGCACAAUGAAGAAAAUAAUUUUCAUAUAUUGUAGUUUAAAUUUACUUCUAUUAUUCCAGGUAACAAACGGAGGAUUGGCUAAAAACUUUUUCGGUAAAAUUCACGAUACAGCCCAUGAAAUACAUGAUGAUAUUCAUAAUUUGUUUCACCGAAACGAAGAUGCCAAUAGAAGGGUUCCAAAUACAGCAACAAAUACUGUAAGUCGUGAUGAAACAAGUGAACCGGUCUUUGUGUUUGCUACAACAUCAGAACCGAAGCCGAUAUCUAGUUUCAACAGUGGCCAACCAACAAAGGUAGAAGAUGUAUCAGUGGAUAGCUCGUUUGUGUUUGCUACGUCCUCUACAACAGAAAUUAACCUACAACAAAAACCUGGCACUGCAAAGAGUAAUUCAACAACCGAUGUAAAAGACGGACGGGAAAACUUUGCCGGUGGAUGCACUCCUGGUAGAAAACGAACUGAAGACGGUAGAUGCGAAGUACCAUUUUAAAUAUUAGUUUGUAUGUAAUAUUAAAAAUAUAUAUUUUUACUUUUUUUUUUACUGUACGAACUCUAGUUCUUUUUUGUAACUUCUUUAGUUAUUUCGUUUUGUACAUUUAUAGAAGUAAAUAAAAUGUUAUGUAACUACACAGAGAAAUGUUCUUUAUUUCUAGCAAUGUGUUCUUUAUUUUUCUCACUCCUAUAUUAAUUCAUGUUUAUAACUAUUUAAAUUCACAUAGUAGUUAAUAAAUAAAAUAAUUUAUUUUACAAACAUCCUGAAUACCUGACCAGGUAUUAUGUUUUCAUUAUUUAAUAUUGACUGAAAGUAAUAACAAUUAUUGUUAAAAUUUAAGUAUUUGUAAUUUAAGCAGUUGACUAAAUUUAUGUAUUUUUCUUACCUGACUUGAAGUCAAACUGCAAAAAUCGCAUCUGUUUAUUAUAAUUGAUACAUGAACAAUUGGUUAGAAACAAUAAUUCCUCGAAUUACUCGUAAUAUAACUAAUGUCACGCCAUUGUUACAUUUAACAUAUUUCAUUUAUUUUAUUAACAAUCUACGAGGACCAAUUUCACGAUGGAUAUUUCAUAUCAAUAUUAUUUAUUUAUAUGGGUAUAUAUACUCAAUAAUCUGUUGCUUUUCUUCGCAAUAAACGUGACAGUGUUUUCAAGUGCACAAUGAAGAAAAUAUUCAUUAUAUACUUUUCUUUAAAUUUACUUUUAUUAUUCUUGGUAAUUAAUGGUGUAUUGGCUAUUCCAACCAAUGGUGGGAUUGAUGUGGAUUCAAAUUCUGGAAGAAGUGAAAACUUUUAUGGUGGAUGCCCUAAAGGGACAUACCGGGCAGACGACGGCAGUUGUCUGGAUGCAAUAGUUGACUAGUGAGGUACAGUUUCCCUGUACAUAAAAGGAAAUUAAAAUAUGUGAUG